AUGUCCAAGAUUGUGAUUGAGUCGUGGACCUGGUACUCCCUCUGUUGGUUUGUGGUGCUGCUUCGAAUGACCUCGCAGAUUCUACUACGCGGAUCGAUUAAAAAGCUGAGACCAGACGAUGGACUCAUGAUUUUUGCCAUGAUGACCUAUACGGUCCUCAUCGUCAGCAUAAACAUCGUAUCCACCACGGACAGCAACCUCAUCGACCCGAGCCAGCAUGUCAUCCUCACACCGCACAGCAUCAAGGAGCGCGUAUUCGGCUCCAAAAUGGUCCUCAUCGUCGAGCAGAUGCAAAUCAGUACCGUAUGGACCGUAAAAACAUGCCUCUUGCUCAUGUACCACCGCCUGACCCUAGGUCUCCCCGCAAACCUCACGGUAAAACUCGUAGGCGUAUACGUCGGCCUCGGCCUCGUCGUCAUGGAAAUCCUCUACUUUGGCGUAUGGUGCAGACCCUUUACCGGAUACUGGGAAGUUCCUCCCUCGAACAUUCAAUGCGCAACCGCCCUAAACCACCUGAUAACAAACGCCGUCUUCAACAUCACUUCCGACAUCAUGAUCAUCCUCAUCCCCGUGCCGCUCCUCCUGCGCACCCACUGGCCACUCAAGAAGAAACUCAUCCUCGUCGGCGUCUUCUGCCUAGGCGGCUUCACUAUUCUCUCCGCCGUCCUCAAUAAAUACUACAGCUUCACACAACCCUUUGGCGCAGAAUGGACAUUCUGGUACGUCCGCGAAUCGUCCACCGCCAUCAUCGUGUCCAACCUCCCCCUCACAUGGACACUCGUCCGGCGCAUAUUCAGCGUCGGCUCCUUCAGCGGCACGGCCAGUCGACGCGCGAGUAGUGCCGCGAGACGGCCCUCGCAGGCGGAAAUGGAGCGCAAGCAUUCCGCGUAUAAUGCGAAUUAUCUACGUGAUGAAGGGCUUUGCAGCGAGGACACUGUGCAUCCGUCAUGA